UGAGCGGCGAAUUUUUAACUUUUCACUAAUUCAGUAACACUACAUUUUCAUAGUAAGAAUCACAUUUCACCCGUCCCAACCAAAACCCCUGGAAAACCCUAGACUCCAAGUUCUCCCAGAGUCACCAAUUUCGAGUAAAGAAACAACAGGGAAAGAGAACAAGAAAUGGCGUUAGGGUUACGAUCGAUAACCGGAGAACCAGCAAUCGACAGAGAGAACGGUGAAGAAGUGAUGCGCGUCCAACCCGGCGUCGACAUAGCUCUCGCCAAUCUUCCUCGCGAAUCACCAGGCACUCUUUACAUUACAACCAAGCAAGUGAUAUGGGUUAGUGAUGUUGAUAAAUCUAAAGGAUAUGCUGUUGAUUUCUUGUCGAUUUCUCUUCAUGCCGUUUCUAGAGAUCCCGAGGCUUACUCUGUUCCUUGUCUCUAUACUCAGAUUGAAACAGAGGCUGACGAGGAUCUCAAUUCCGACAACUCCGAUUCAGAAGAAUCCACUCAUGUUCAUGAUUUAUCCGUUGUUAGAGAGAUGAGGCUCAUUCCAUCUGAUCCAACUCAGUUGGAUUCUCUGUUUCAAGUAUUCUGCGAGUGUGCUGAGCUUAAUCCAGAUCCAAAUAAUGAGGAGCAAGAAGAAGAACAUCAUGAUUGGAUUUUCAGUGCUGAUCAGAUGGAAGAUGCAGGAGCAGAGGAUGAAGAUUAUUUAUCUCAUAAUCCAACCAAUACUCUUGGUCAUUCAAAUGGACAUCAGGACCUUGCUCAUAACAUACUUGAUCUUCAAAUCAAUGAUGAGCGAUUUGAGGAUGCUGAAGAGACUGAGCAUGACGGAGAUGAAAGCCAUCAUCAUUGAGUGCCUGCAUUUAUCUCAGAAUAGCAUAUUCUAGUGUUCAGAAUUCUUACCAGCACUCUGUUCUGUAGUUUUUGUACAUGUUAACUAUUUCAAACAUCUGACUAGAUUCAUAGUGGUUAAGUUUGACCUCAUUUCUAUUUUUCUUUUAAUUUAGAAGAAAGCAACUGAAUGUUUGGAAUUUUAGUGCUCUUGAAUAUAGACAAUGGACAUGUGGGAUGUCCUAUCCUACCUGAAAGAUUAACAGGUGAUACAUGUAUUGGAUUUCUAAGGCGCCAAAUGAAAUUAACAUGUUUAGGCAAGAUGAAUUAUGAUUCUUCCACUUGCAAAGUUUUUGAUACA